CGUGCAGGCUCUUCGCCCCGGCCUGCGACAUGGAGGAGUUGCUGGGGCCGCGCGUGUCCGCGCUCUCGGCUUACCGUUCGGCGGCCCUACGCGAAGAGCCACAUAAGCCGCCGGCCCACAGGCUGUCCGCCUCCCCAAGAAACCAGAAGGUAAAGAAGCGGCGCCCGAAGAAGCCACCGCGCGGGGCUCGCCCACUUUCUUCGGGGGCCGCCCAUGGGCAGCCGCCCGGAGACUCCCGCCUGGUUCUGGCGGUGGUCACAGCGGCAAAGAGCCGGAGGGUGAAGCUGCGCUCCCGCCGCAGGGUGCUGCAGGAGACGCGGGAACAGAGCCUGGAGGCGGGCGACUCAGCCCCGGCGGCGGAGAUGGACAAGAAGGGGCGCGCUUCCGCCCGGUGUCUUCAGGCGGGCUCCUCGCUCCGGCGCCUCUUGGGGGAGCUGGGGGGAGUCCCGCACAGCCGGGCGCAGGCGGCCAGACUCUUGGAGUGGCUGGUGGCUCCGCUCUCCCCGCAGAGCUUCUUCGAGCAGCACUGGGAGAAGCAGCCCCUCCUGCUCCGCCGGGGCAACCCGGCCUAUUACCAGGGGCUCUUCUCCACCGCCGAGUUCGACGCCAUUCUGCGCGACCACGAGGUCCAGUUCGGAGUCAACCUGGACGUGACCAGCUACGAAGACGGGAGGAGGGAGACGCACAACCCGCUGGGCAGGGCCCUGCCGGCCGUGGUGUGGGACUUCUACCGGAACGGCUGCUCGCUGCGGAUGCUGAACCCCCAGGCCUUUUCCACCACUGUCUGGCGCUUCCUCUCCCUCCUGCAGGAGCAAUUCGGCAGCAUGGUGGGAGCCAACACUUACCUCACCCCUGCGGGCACCCAGGGCUUUGCCCCCCACUAUGAUGACAUCGAGGCUUUUGUAGUCCAGCUGGAAGGGAAGAAGCACUGGCGAGUGUACAGCCCCAGGAAAGAGGCGGAGGUGUUGCCCCAGUUUUCCAGCAGCAACUUGACUCAGAAUGAGAUUGGGGAGCCCAUUCUGGAAACCGUGUUAGAGGCAGGGGACCUGCUCUAUUUUCCUCGUGGGUUCAUUCAUCAAGGAGAUUGCCUCCCAGAAGCCCAUUCCCUCCACAUGACUGUCUCCUCCUUCCAGAGAAACUCCUGGGGAGACCUGUUGGAAAAACUCCUCCCUGCAGCUUUGCAGAUGGCCAUUGAAGAGGACGUGGAGUUUCGCCAGGGUCUCCCCAUAGACUAUCUGGAAUACACUGGAGUCCUGAACUCAGAUGUGAUUGAUCCUCGUAGGACUGCCUUCAUUAAAAAAGUACAUGCUCUGAUCGCUAAACUAAUAAACUAUGCACCAGUUGAUGCAGCAGUGGAUCAAAAAGCCAAGGAUUUUUUUCAUGACUGCCUCCCUCCAGUGCUGACUGAGAGUGAAAAGGCAUGCAGUGUAUAUGGACUUCCCGCACGAUGGGAGAAUGGAGAUGUCCAAGAUGUUGAUGUCCCAUUCCGUGAAAAUACAAAGGUACGGUUGCUUCGAUAUGGGAUUGUAAGGUUGUGCAAUGGAGGAGACAAAAUGUUGCUGUAUUAUACCACAGAAAAUUCAAGGGUGUAUCAUAAGGAGGAACCCAAGUAUUGUGAAAUAGAGCCGGAGUAUACAGAUGGUAUUGAAUUUUUGCUGUCUUCUUACCCCAAUUAUGUCAGUGUAAAAGCCCUUCCAUGUGACACCUUGGAUGAUAAGAUCGCUUUAGCUACCGUUUUGUUUGAAAAGGGAUUGCUGAUUACUAAGAGCCCUCUGUUUUCUGUGUAAUGUGUCAUAGAUGACCAAAAUAAAUAUAUUCUGAAAAAAUA